AUGAAGAUCCUCGAUGCAGGCACCGAGAACCUCACGAAUAUGGACGUCCUCAACUGGAUCUCGGCCAAGAAGUCCCAACACGCCCUCGAAGAUGCCGCCGACAAGAAGAACAAUCAGAAAUUCAAACCGCGGCCGAAACGCUUCCUCAAAGCUCUCGCCAAGCACGAACGCGAACUCAACAAUGCUGACAAGUACCCUUACGCUUCGAACCCGAACGUUUACAAUGGCUCCUACGAUGCAAUGGAGCGAUUUGACCAAACACUCAUGGAACGGAUAUGCGGUCCGCUGGAGGAGAGAUAUAAAGGACUCCUGCCCACUAUGAGCAAGCAGGAGGUUGAGAAGCUGAUGAAGGAGGAGCAGGAGAUGAAGUGCCUGACUGAUGCGGAGAGCCUCAUGAUCUUCAAUCUUGCGCCGAAGGGUGUGGAGCAAUUGGCGCCUAUGAUUGAGGAUUGUGAGGGGAGGUAUACGGCCGAGGAGCAGCAGAUUAUUAUUGAUACUGCUAUGGAGUUUUUGAGAGCGGAUGAGAUGAAGGUGAAGGGUGGGAUUAAUGGGGCUGGACAUGACGACAUGGAUGUUGAAGGUGGUGCCGAGGAAGUGGCCAGGCCAGCUACUGAGUCUGAACAUGAGGAUGUGGAUGAGAAGCCUGCGUAA